GCGUUGUUUUGAAACAUUCUUUGAUUGAAACACUUUGAAAUUCUUAAUAUUUGAACUUUUACCAGUUUUGAUUCAAAAAUAUUGUUUUGAAAUUAAUUAAAAUUCAAAAACGAUGCCCAAAAACAUCACCAAGAAAACCUUGAAGCCCAAGAUCAUUAGGAAAAAGAAAAGAACCAUCUCUAAGAAGGUUCCCAAAACGAAUCCCAAGCAGCAGAGCGUCUUGAAGAAUCUCUUUGUGACCCAAAGGACUAACAUUAAGAAGAGAUCCUCCGGCACGCGACGUCCUUCAGCUCCGCCCCAAAACCAACAGGUUUGGCGCCGGACAGUCCUUCGUAACAAGCCCAAACCCAAACCCAAAGACAAGUUACCAAGACUCUUUCGAAUGGAUGAUCAGACGGGACUUCCGGUGGACUACGAGCAGACUGUGGAACGUGUGAUGCACUAUGUGAAUCCACACCUGUCCUGCCGUCCCAAUACUGAUCUGAUGAUGGAGGAGCUCCUGACCAACAUGUUCAUGGACGUGGUGCAACAACGUUGCCCAUAUCGAAAAGCUCAGACUCCGACGCAUAUGUGCUGCCAGAAUGGAAGGGCUACGGGGGGUAUGUGUUGUCGGGAUCAUCAGACCAAGCAUUACCUCCAAUCCUUGCUGAAGACAUAUCCUUGCUGUUUGGAUGAGCCCAUAAAGCAGAGCACGCAGGAGGCGAACGAGGAUCUCAGUGACUUUCACAGUGCAUGCAAACGGGGACCCCGUCAAAUCAGCGCUAAACUGGGUCCCACCCAGGCCAGUAAGUUCAACUUUAACCAGCUGAGGAUCAGGAGUCAGUAAACCAACCUGAUAUAUAAAUGUUGUGAUUCAAAAUUGCCCCUUAUCUUAAUCAGAGUUUUAAACUUUUACUUUAACCAUCUGAAACAAGGGAGUAUUCCUAUUUUAAAUGAAGAAAUUAAAUUGAUUUGCUUUUUGAACCGAA